ACCGCGAGCAACACCCCAAUCAAACCGCUGUUCGAGACCUAAUAUUUUUACGAGACCCACCCUGUUGCUGCUGCCUGCGCUUUAUGCUUUCAAGUGAUAUUUGGAAAUACAAAACAACAGCUGCGCUUCAGUAAUCUUUCAAGCGACAGGAUUCAACAUAGGCUAUCUUCAAAUGCAUCAUUGUUUUCUGGUCAUCAAAAGAGACAUGUGUCUCUCCGCCUAAUGAAAGAGGAAUCACAAAUGAUCGAGCGUAGUCUAUAAAGGUGAGGGAGUUAGCAGUCAAGGGUUCGACAUUAAGGAGCUACCUACUGGCUAACAGGGCUGCUGGUGUGUUUAUGAACAGGAAGAUUCUGGCAUUUGGAGGCAGAGAGAGCGAGGGGAGAGAGACACACACAUACAGACACACAUUCAGAGAGAUAGAGAAAGAGAGAGAGAGGGAGAGGGAGGGAGGGAGAGAGCCAUUUGACAAUACAGGAAGGUGACUUGGUUUGAUUAUGGCUCUUCGGGGAGCUGGCGCUGUCCGUUCAGCACCAGUACAGUCACCUUGCGCUAAAUGACACCUCGCCGAGAAUGACUCCCCAGAAAACGACACGGGGUGUCACAAGCGUGGAUUAAUUUCACUGGGAGGACGCAUGUGUUUUUCAUCAUCGGGAUUAUUUGGCGUUUUCUGAGGUGUUCGUUCAUGAAAACGGUCGGCUCCGUUUUCGAGUCUUUGUUUCUGGGCUUCUGUCUGUCUUGGACUGCUGGGGAGAUAAACAAGUCUUGCAGCUUACAAAGAUAGAAAUUUUCAAUCAAAAGGAACAGCUUUUCACAUUGAUAUAUCAAAACAAUAUCUAUUUCCAUAAAACUAUUUUUAUACCAAGGGAUUUUAUAUAUUUUUUCCAUUCAACCGUUUUGAUAACGUAAGGACAUCCAGUUCCAGUGGGAGGCUGGUUACUGUUUUAUCUAUGCACAUGUGUUGCACAGGUUGCCCAGCUGUUAUUGUAGCCUCCUGAUAGUGUUGAGAUGGCCGGAGCGGAGUGGAGACAUGCCUAAGGGACGCGAUGGGCCAUAGUGACGAGAAGGAUCGCAUAGUGAUAAACGUGGGAGGGAUCAAACACCAGACCUACCGCGGGACCCUGCGCACGCUUCCCGGCACGCGCCUCGCCUGGCUAACGGAGCCGGAUGCGCACGACAACUUCGACUAUGACCCCCAGAUUGGAGAGUUCUUCUUCGACCGUCACCCGGGCGUCUUUGCGCACAUCCUCAACUAUUACCGGACUGGGAAACUGCACUGCCCAGCGGAUGUGUGCGGACCGCUUUACGAGGAAGAGUUGGCUUUCUGGGGCAUUGAUGAGACGGACGUAGAGCCAUGCUGCUGGAUGACCUACCGCCAGCACCGGGAGGCUGAGGAGGCUCUGGAAAGCUUCGCCGGAGGCUCCCUCGACCCAAACCACAAAGAGUCUGAGGAUGAUACUGUGCCGCCAGAGGCUGCUGAUGGGGACGAGGGUGUGGAGAUGACCCGGAGGCUAGCUCAGGGGGACUCACCCGAUAACAGAUCCGGGCGCUGGCGCCGCUGGCAGAAGCAUGUCUGGGCGCUCUUUGAGGACCCAUACUCGUCUAAAUAUGCAAGGUGGGUGGCUUUCGCUUCCCUCUUCUUCAUCCUUCUGUCCAUCACGACCUUCUGCCUGGAGACCCACGAGGCGUUCAACCCCAUCCUCAACUUCACCGAGGUGGAGGUGGUGGACAACGACACGGUGGUGCAUGUCUACGAGGAGACGGAGACCAUGGUGGAGCUGACCUACGUGGAGGGCGUCUGCGUCAUUUGGUUCACCUUCGAGUUCCUUGUGCGCAUCAUCUUCUGCCCGGACAAGCUCAAGUUCAUCCGUAACACGCUCAACAUCAUCGACUUCGUGGCCAUCCUGCCCUUCUACCUGGAGGUGGGCCUGUCCGGCGUCUCUACCAAGGCGGCCAAGGACGUGCUGGGCUUCCUGCGCGUGGUCCGGUUCGUGCGUAUCCUGCGUAUCUUCAAGCUGACCCGUCACUUCGUGGGGCUGCGUGUGCUGGGCCACACGCUCCGCGCCAGCACCAACGAGUUCAUCCUGCUCAUCAUCUUCCUCGCCCUGGGCGUGCUCAUCUUCGCCACCAUGAUCUACUACGCUGAACGCAUUGGCGCCAACCCCAACGACCCGCGCGCCUCCGAGCACACGCACUUCAAGAACAUCCCCAUCGGCUUCUGGUGGGCCGUGGUCACCAUGACGACCCUCGGCUACGGCGACAUGUACCCGCAGACGACCACGGGCAUGAUCGUGGGCGCGCUCUGUGCCCUCGCCGGCGUGCUCACCAUUGCUAUGCCCGUGCCCGUCAUCGUUAACAACUUCGGCAUGUACUACUCCCUGGCCAUGGCCAAGCAGAAGCUACCAAAGAAGAAGAACCGGCACAUCCCGCGCGCGCCUGCCAUCGGCUCGCCCAACUACUGUAAGUCCGUCAUCAACUCGCCCCGACACAGCAACCACAGCGAACCCUGCCCGCUGGCCCAGGAAGAGCUCUCGGAGAUCAGAUACCAAGCCAGCCUCUCUGUGGAUCACAAGAGUAAGAGAGAUUUCAAAGUGAAUGGCGAGGCGUCCAAAGCGGCUCUGGCCAACGAAGACUGUCCUCACAUCGACCAAGCGGUUUCCCCAGAGGAGGCGUUCAGCCCAACCGAGAGGGCUGAGCGGCCCUGCUUCCUGCUGACGCCUGGAGAGCGAGCCAAUCACACGGGAGGAAGAGUCAGGAAAGAGUCGCAGCGGCGGCGCCGGAACAGACAGCCCACAGAGUCAGUGUGUGUCAUGAAUCAUGGUGUGCCAACCACUAUGUGCAUGAACCACACGCCCACAUCACCUACCUGAGAACGCUAUAGAUAGUGUGUGUGAGAGAGAGUGAGUGAGAAUGUGUGUGUGUGUGUGACAGUGUGUGUGUGUGUUUGUGUGUGUGUGUGUGUGUACAGUAGAUCAGCAUCUUCCCCAUGGGUGUGUGUGGCAGAGACUAUUUCAGCAUAGAUGUAGCCGCGAUAGUGCAGAUGAAACAUUGUUGUCUAGCCGUACAGUAGCCCUGUUACAGUGGAGUGCUUUUUUGUGCUGUUGUACUGUGAAAGUGCCUAUGUUUUAGUGUGUAUGUGUUACAGUGUGUAUGUGUAACAGUGUGUGUGUGUGUGUGUGUGUCUGUGUGUGUGUGUAUGUGUUUAUGUAUGUGUGUGUGUGUGUGUGUGUGUCUGUAUGAGUGUGUGUGUGAACAAAUGUGUGCGUUUUCACGUGUCAAUGUUGUAAAUAUGUUUUGUUCUCCUCCCAUCUGUGCUCUACUGUGGUGUGUGUACCCAGACUGUGAUUUCUGUUCUGUUAGAGGAACUAGGACACCUUUCUGUUUAUUCAAUGUGCUUCCAUUCUCAAUGUUGCCAAGGCGACUCACACCGGAUGUAAUGCUCUCACUCAGCCCCACUGACACCAUGUGCACAAUGACAUCGCCUCAUGUGGUUGCAAACAACAAAACGGGGAAAAAAAUGGUAUAACAAACCCUUUAAUUUUUAGGUUAUGGCAGCUGUCACAGUAGGUGCAUCAUGAAUGCCUUUUAGCAGUUUUUGCACCUGCAAACUUUCACAUUCCAGUAUGAUUUAGAAAUAAAAGAAAAGAAUAACUCAGUUGUCUUCACCAAAUAGGUGUAAGAAAGUAGUCAUAGAGCUAUGGAGUGCAUCACUAGACAACAUAGUCCAUUUCAGCAUGGUCACAAAUUCAACAUAAAUAUUGUUAAAUAUCUUAGUCAACCUGGCCAUUUAAAAAAAGAGCCAUAUCACACCUUUUUAAAGUUCAGUAUCAUAUCUCAUGAACCUCAGUAAACCGAUAAUGCUUCAUGAAUUCUUUUGCAAACAUCAGUAAGUGAUCACUACAUAUGUCCAUCAUGAAUGCUUCUGAGGUCCUUAAGACAGGGUUUUGAGCUUAGAAUAGCUUCACAUAUCUUAACAUGUAGGACCCUUCAAAGAGACUUUGGUUGGGGUGAUAGAUAGGCCAGUAUAAGUUUAAUAAUAAUAUCAAGCUACUAUAGGUGUCACCUUUUUUAGGGUUUGUCUGAAGCAAAUGUACCUGUCCUCACGUUCCCUCAUUAGUGUUUCCAACGAUCAGUACAGGCGAAUGCAAAACACGGAGCAGAAUAUGAAAGACAAGAGGAACCAACACUGUGUCUUAUAAUCAUUGAAAACCUUGCCCGCAUUUGUAGUGCUACAACGCCAGAUGAGCUGUAAGUUGAGCCUUAAACAGAAAAGUGCACUUCAAAUUCGUCAAACAAUGGCUAACAUGUGUGGUGAGUGCCUCAUUGUUUGCCAAUUUUGUUUACAGUUUACAGCAAACAAUUUGAUGUUUGAUUUGAUGUCGACACAAAAAAAAAAACAUUCAAAUUUAAACAAUCAAAGAAAACAUGCUCGCCACGAAUUGUUGCCUCUGUUUGUCCAAUUUGAACACAGCUCUAGCUUUUGGCUCAAAUAUCAGUAAUCUUGCUUUGCAGUAUACCCCUCUGGUUUUGAAAAAAAGUGACCCCCUAUACACACCGCUUAGGGACCAGCACUGAGAUAACAACCACUGCAAACACACUGCCAAAAAAAACUCCUCCAGGAUGUUUCCAAGGAGAUUUUGGAAGGAAAGACUGAACAGAAACCUUUAACAGCACAAACAGAGGAGGAUUACGCCGUGCCUGGUCAACACAGGCGUGAGGUGGGGGAACUACUUGAGAUUCGAUCAGAUCCUUAAGGGUACCGAGCUACUGACGCCAAAAUAGAAAACGUGAAGAAAAAAACUACACCACACGACUUCAGAAAUGGAAAUACCCAAUACCUACUGUGAUUACUUUCCCACAAGUCUUCGAUGUGUGUUUCUUGAACAGCCAAAUGUGUUGGUAUCUAACCAUGGUGUUGUUCCAUUGGUAGUUUGAGUUGACUUGUUGAGUUGUUCAGGCAAUAUUUUGUGUCUCUUUUCUGAGAAUUAUGAGUAAAAAAUAAAUGAUGAGAAACACUAAUAAAAUGCUAUACACAUUG